AAAUUAAAUAUACCAAAUAUACCGCUUUUGGUAUAUUUAAUAAAUUUAUCCGCUGUCACGUUUCUCCGCUUCUUCCUUUCUUUUUUCACCCUACGUGGAAACAUCGUGUAGCGGUGUUAAAUUUUCAUUAAAAAGUGAAAAAUGGGUUUCGUUAAGGUAGUCAAGAACAAGCAGUACUUCAAGCGCUACCAGGUUAAGUUCCGUAGGCGUCGUGAGGGUAAAACCGAUUACUAUGCCAGGAAGCGCUUGACGUUCCAGGACAAGAACAAGUACAACACGCCCAAGUACCGUUUGAUUGUGCGUCUCUCCAACAAGGAUAUCACUGUCCAGAUCGCAUAUGCUCGCAUUGAGGGUGAUCGCGUCGUGUGUGCCGCUUACUCGCACGAGCUGCCCAAGUAUGGCAUUAAGGUCGGUUUGACCAACUAUGCUGCUGCAUACUGCACUGGUCUGCUGGUUGCACGUCGUGUGCUCAACAAGUUGGGCCUGGACUCUCUGUAUGCCGGCUGCACUGAAGUGACCGGAGAGGAGUUCAACGUGGAGCCAGUCGACGAUGGACCAGGUGCUUUCCGUUGCUUCUUGGAUGUUGGCUUGGCGCGCACCACAACCGGUGCUCGUGUGUUCGGUGCCAUGAAGGGUGCUGUUGAUGGUGGACUGAACAUUCCACACUCCGUGAAGCGUUUCCCCGGCUACUCUGCAGAGACCAAGAGCUUCAAUGCUGAUGUGCACCGCGCUCACAUCUUUGGUCAGCAUGUUGCCGACUACAUGCGCACUCUGGAGGAGGAAGACGAGGAGAGCUUCAAGCGCCAGUUCAGCCGUUACAUCAAACUGGGCAUCCGUGCUGAUGAUCUUGAAGAUAUCUACAAAAAAGCCCACCAGGCCAUUCGUAACGAUCCUACCCACAAGGUCACCGCCAAGAAGACUGCUGGCGUUACGAAGAAGAGGUGGAAUGCUAAGAAACUCACAAACGAGCAGCGCAAGACCAAGAUUGCCGCCCACAAGGCCGCCUAUGUGGCCAAGCUUCAGUCCGAGACUGAGGCCUAGGCGUGCUUGUCUUUUGUUGCAGUUCGUAUUGGUGUGAAAAAGAAAUAAAAAUUGUAAUGAGUAACAAUUUCUAUUAUAGAA